UCCUCACUGCAGUCUCACCCACAUACCUGCCAGACCAGGUAGCUCGACCCAGCCAUGCCCAGCCAGGCUGGGGAAGGCGUGGGCCAGAAGAAAAGAGCCACAGGUGUUUGCUCUGAAUAUGUGCCCGGGGAAGUCCGCCAGCCUGCCUGCCCACCCGCUUACUCUCCUUGGCUCAUUGGCUCAGAAAGCCCCACCCAGCAGGGCAGUAAAGAACAAAAGCUGCCUCUAGGAGGCCCGUAGGCAGACGGGCCAGCCCAGGGACUGGAGAGAAGCUUCGGGACCCAAGGGAGAAUAAAAUAUCCCCUGAUUUUGGAACUGGAAGACAGAAGUUCAAGACCAGCUCCGCCACUUCCGGCUGUGCCUCUCUGGGCCUUAGUUCGCUCCCUGUGAAAUGGGGCCAGUGGCAAUCCCUGCCCCGCCAAGUCAUAGCGAGUGAGGACAUGAGGACACUGUGGUUGUGAAAGAGUUCUGCCGAUCACACCUUUAAUAAAGGGCACCCCUUUCCAGGUUCUCUGAGUGGGCGCGUGAGGAGCCACCAGCAUGAACUGGGGGUCCCUGCAGGGCCUCCUGAGUGGGGUCAACAAGUACUCCACAGCGCUCGGCCGCAUCUGGCUGUCAGUGGUGUUCAUCUUCCGGGUGCUGGUGUUCGUGGUGGCAGCGGAGGACGUGUGGGAUGACGAGCAGAAGGACUUCAUCUGCAACACCAAGCAGCCAGGCUGCCCCAACGUGUGCUACGAUGAGUUCUUCCCCGUGUCCCACGUGCGCCUCUGGGCCCUGCAGCUCAUCCUGGUCACCUGCCCCUCGCUGCUGGUGGUCAUGCACGUGGCCUACAGGGAGGAGCGGGAGCGGAGGUACCGCCUGAAGCACGGGCCCAACGCCCCGUCCCUGUACGACAACCCAAGCAAGAAGCGGGGUGGCCUCUGGUGGACCUACCUGCUGAGCCUCGUCUUCAAGGCCGCCGUGGACUCCGGCUUCCUCUACACCUUCCACCGCCUCUACGAGGGCCACUACGACAUGCCCCGCGUGGUGGCCUGCUCCCAGCCGCCCUGCCCCCACACCGUGGACUGCUACAUAUCCCGGCCCACGGAGAAGAAGGUCUUCACCUACUUCAUGGUGGCCACGGCUGUGAUCUGCAUCCUGCUCAACCUCAGUGAGGUUGCCUACCUGGUGGGCAAGAGGUGCCUGGAGAUUGUGGGCCCCAGGCGCCACCGGUCUCGGCGCCGGAGUCGCCUGCACGAUUCGUGCCCCCCUUAUGCCCUCUCCCAGGGAGACCACCCCCAAGAUGGGAACUCUGUCCUAAUGAAGGCCAGCUCGGCCGUGGUGGAUGCAGGUGGGUACCCGUGACCUGUGAGGUUGGCAACAGGGACCACCACGUCCCCCACCUGCUCCCCGAGGCCACACAGGGCAGUGGCACUUGAUGCAGUGAGGCAUGCGAGGAAGGGGGCUGUUGGGGCUCAGGAAGCCGAGCCAGGGGCCAGCCCUGGGGGGGCAGUGCUGCCUCAGGGCCCUGAGCCCCAGGGGAAGAAGGUUUCAUGGCAGGCAUUUGAUAUAUGGCAAUAGGGGAUGUCAAAACCCUUAAUAAAUGUGAUUUUUCUCAG